GCGCUCCAGAGCUGGUACUUUUUGGGAGGUCCGUCCGCUAACCGGCCUGCUUCUGGACCUGGACCCGCCCCUGCAGAAGGCCCUAUUACUUGGCCUUGGUACCAUCAUGGCAUAGCGAGCUUGGAAGUUGAAAAUUUCCCAGUAAUCCCGUUAAUAUUCCGCCCCUAAUGCGGUGCUAUUGCCGUCCAACAAGCAUACUUGGCCAACGGGGUGGCGCCUGAGCGCAACAGUUUGCAUGCAGAGCAGAAACCAUGCAUCGGCUCGAGAAAGUAGAGCAGAUACCUCGGUGCCAUGGGGUAAGAUUACAUGCAGGCGCUACUCGUUUUGCGGAGAAGCCUGUAUACUAUAAAGAGACCCAGUAUUCCGGAACUCUUGCGCAUCGUUGCAAAUCGGCCAUCAAGUGGAGAGCAUUUCCCUUUUUUUGCUCCACAAUUCUAAUUCUUCUCCAGUUCUUGCCAGCGACAUAUUCACGAUGGCGGAAAAGAGUGAAGACAUGGGCGCUGUGACGCACCAGUUGAGUGCAGUUGACGAUGACAUGAACAAGCAUGCGAACGUCAAGGAGGCCAAUGUAGCUUCAGUAGCUCUCACCGCUGCUAUCGAGGCAGAGAAGCCGAAGCUAUGGUCCCGGGGCAUGAUCCAGCUGUACAUGAUCAUGGGCGUUGGCUACCUCGUCUCUACGCUCAACGGCUUCGACAGCUCACUCAUGGGAUCCAUCAACGCGAUGAAAGCCUACCAGAACACCUUCGGAUUGACUGGUGAGGGAUCCAGCACUGGCAUCAUCUUCAUCAUCUACAACCUUGGUCAAAUCGCCGCCUUUCCGUUCUGUGGAUUUCUUGCUGAUGGCUAUGGUCGCCGUGUCUGUAUUGCCGUCGGCUGCGCACUCGUCCUAGUCGGAACCGCCGUUCAAGCUACAGCCCACGAGAUGGGACAUUUCAUUGCCGGUCGCUUCAUCCUCGGAUUUGGCGCAUCUAUCGCCUCUGCUGCUGGUCCCGCCUACACUGUCGAACUCGCGCAUCCUGCCUACCGUGGAACCAUGGCUGGUAUGUACAACAACUUCUGGUGGGUCGGCAACAUUCUGGCUGGAUGGACCACGUACGGAACAAACCUCCACAUGGGCAACUCUUCGUGGGCCUGGAGGAUUCCAACAAUCGUUCAGUGCAUUCUACCGACCAUUGUCAUGGGCUUGAUCAUGUUCUUCCCAGAAACGCCGCGUUGGCUGCUCGCCCAUGACCGCAGGGAGGAGGCCAUCGCCAUCAUGGCAAAGUACCACGGAAACGGCAACCCCAACUCUCCCAUCGUCCAGCUCCAGCUACACGAGAUUACCGAGGACUUUGCUGUCACUCGCAAUGACAACCCCUGGUGGGACUUCCGUGAGCUAGGAAACACCAAGGCCGCACGCUACCGCUUGGCCAUGGUCAUCGCAAUGGCUUUCUUCGGUCAAUGGAGUGGUAACAACGUCGUCAGCUAUUUCAUGCCCGCCAUGGUCAAGAACGCUGGAAUCACUGAUCCCAACAAGCAACUUCUCAUCAACGCCAUCAACCCAAUCUUCAGUAUGUUGGCAGCUAUCUACGGUGCCACACUCCUCGACAAGCUCGGUCGACGAAAGAUGCUCAUGGGCGGUCUCUGGGGCGGUCUCUUCGCCUACGUUCUCCUUACUGCCUUUACCGCCACCGCUACCCCGGACAACAACCUCGCCUACGGCACCAUCGUCUCCAUCUACCUCUUUGGCAUCUUCUUCGCCUGGGGCUGGACUCCCCUCCAAACCCUCUACGCCGUCGAGUGUCUCGAGAACCGUACUCGUGCCAAGGGUUCCGGUCUCAACUUCCUCUUCCUCAACGUCGCCAUGGUGGUCAACACCUAUGGUAUCUCUGUUGGAAUCGAGAAGAUUGGCUGGAAACUUUACCUUGUGUAUAUUGUGUGGAUUUGCAUUGAGAUCGCGCUCAUCUUCUUCUUCUUUGUCGAGACAGCUGGCAAGACGCUUGAGGAGCUCAAGGAGAUCUUUGAGGCGCCUAACCCAAGGAACGCUAGUUUGAGGAGGGCGAAGGUCGAGAUUGAUGAGACGGGGCAUAUUCACAACAUACAUGAGUAGUGGCACUAUAGGUGCAGGGCUGCGUUAUGAUGCUUCAUGGUAGGACGAAGCUUGACUUGAAUGUAAUGACACUUGACGACUUGGGUCUCAUCGUAAGAAUCAAAUCGCCUUAGGCAUGCC